AUGGGCGAAGAUGCGGAAGAGGAAGAACAUGAGUUUGAGUUCCGGCUCUUCAGCUCUGUGUCUGCCAGGAAGACCGCGGACGAAUCUCAAUCCAGGACAGAGGGACACGACGGCAGCGGUUUGGGGGGAGUCCAAAAAUUAAAGAUACGGUUACGGUCUCCUUCGCCGUCAGCACGUCCGCCGGGAGAUGGUGGCUUCGUCGUGCCGUUUCGAGGAUGGGACUACUACUUUUCCAAUCCGGAGCUGGUUAUGCGAGCCGUGGGGGACACCUCGGGGCAGAGAGGAGCCAAGGACGAAAAUACAUCGAAGCAACUUGAUGCGUUGAGAGAUACAUUUAGAGAUACAGCCGUAGACGGGAAGACUAUCCUUGCCCGUGCUGCUUCGAUGGCUUGGCCUGGUUGCCAUCUUCCAUGGAGAGUCGUACAUAUCCGAGGACCAAAGGUAAAGUUGGCUUCGAGUAUGACGCCUUCUACCAAGUCGGAAUCUUCUUUAUCCAAGAAAAAGAAGAAGCCCGGGAAGAAGAGACGGAUAGCACUACGAAAGUGGGUUGUCAUUAAAAAGAUGGCCGAAGAAACUGAGAAGGAAAAACGGAAUCGGAAAAACCGGGAGAGAAAGGUAAAGAGGAGGCAGAAGGAGAGAGAGAAGAAAGCUGCGGCCAGAGCCGCUACAGGAGAGGUUGAGCCUACGGCCCUAGCGGCUUCUGAUACCGCUACUACCGCUGGGGAGACGAUUGAUAAGUCGUGA